AUGGAAUCGCUGGGCAAGCCCACCAUUUCAGUCAGCCAGGGCACUGCCACAGAGCCUAGGGGAACGGUGACCUACUGUGACACCAGGAAUGUCAACAUUACCAACCACUGGGUCUCCAACCAUCUCCCCCGUUUCCAGGAGUGCUUGCUGCUGUCCCCAGAUGGCAAGACGCUCAGCAUCUUGGUGAACUCCAGGACUUACCAAUGUGAAGCCUGGGGUGUCCGUGAGGUCCAGAGCAGUGACCCCACCUUCCUGGUGCGAACCCUCAAAAUCAAGCUGGAGUCUGGGGUGCCCCGCGGAGAGGUGGUUGGGGUGGCAGAGGGCUCCGACGUGACCUCCUCGGUGGAGACACAGCCUCACCCACCCCCAGCCUAUUCCUGGUUUCUCCCCAAUGACUCCGUCCCGCCCCUCCCCACGGGAACAUUCACCAUCCAUGCUGUGUCCCGGGAGCACGGGGGCGUGUGUAAGGGCUUGGUGUCCAGCAGUGCCACCCACCUGUCCCGCCUGGCUGCUCUUAAAGCCCGAGUCCUUGGCGAGCCUCUUUCGCCUGUCCCUCUCCUUGGUUCCUGCGAGAGCCAGAGCUGCCUGGAGUCCGAGGACCCAGAGCGAAAGGCUGAGCAAGCCUCACGUGGUGUCCCUGACCUGAGCCCUGUGGAGAGCGCCAGCCCCAUGGCCCUGACCUGCCAGACCACCCACAUGGGGGCUGGAGUCCAGGGGUAACUGAGCGGCCAGCCCCUCCUGCCCAGCAAGCACCUGCUGCUGUCAGCUGACAAUAGGGUCCUGGUCACCCACGAUCUGUGGGACGACAUGGGGCCCUGUAAGUGUGAGGUCUGGACCUGGGGCAGCUUGGCCCCAAGUGACCCCCCCAGGGGCCACCACCAGGGGCCCGGAGUCCGGGUGGUCAGCCAUGUCAAGGCGGAGCUCACCUCCAGCCUGACCCUGCAGUGUCGGGCUGAGUCCCAGCCAGGCACUGGGGAUCGCUGGACCCCUGAACUCUCCACCAGUGUGUAUCUGGGGGAACUGAGCAUCAGGACCCUGACCUGGGGACACCAGGGGACCUACAACUGCAGGGCCCUCAACCCUCAGACCCUCCUGGCCUGCUCUGCCUGGGUCCUGGUCAGAGUGGAAGCAGCCACAGAAGAGACCCUGAACCGCUUUUCUCUGAAAGAAUUCAGAGCCAGGAUCCUUGAGGAGGGGAUGCGGUAG